AUGUCAGCUCCCACUCGACUCCAACUGAUCCACGCAUACCGACAUCUCUGGCGAGAAGGCCACCGCGCAAUACAAUUUUCGAAACCAUCCCGCUAUACACUUCGCGAUCGUCUGCGAAAUGCCUUCCGCGAAGGAAAAGCUACCGAUUUUGACGAGAGGAAAAUAACAAACACAUUGGAAUUUCUUCGCGGCGCUACAAGCCAGAAAGGAGUCGAGCACCACAUUGUAAAGAAUCUCAUGUAUGCCUGGUGGUGGGAGAGGAAGAAUAUCUAUCAUCCGCGGAAACCAACCGCCAGAACUCCUGUCUCCGAGCUGCGCAUCCAAAAGUCAGCGUUCAACCAUUUCCGCGAGACUGUGCAUAUGCUCAACGAAACCAUGGGGAUGUGCUUGCGUUGA